UCUAAUGACAUUGUUUUGUGAAAAGGCUAAAUAUGGAGGACGAAGAGGACUUUGUAGGUUGCAUUAGUUGCAUGAGUACAAACGAUUUAUGCGACCUAUUUGAAACUUAUGCGAAUAACGAAGAAACUUUCGCGCAGAUGCUUAAAACCUGUUUCGAUAUUAAGGUUACAAAUGACCACAAGUAUAUUUGCGCAAAUUGUGUGGAGAAGUUGGAGAAUAGUCUCUCAUUCAAGACGCAGACUCUGAAGAAUAUGGACAUGCUCCAAGAUUUAAAAGAUGAAGAAUAUCUCGACGAGACAAUGCUGGAAGAAGCUGACAACCCUUCUAGGGCUAAUCUCCGUAAGGUAAUGGAUGCUGGGAUUAAGGAAGACCUUAAAUAUGAAGAGGACGAAGAAGAGCACGAGAUAGAAGCGCUGGACGAGAGCCAGUUCACCGAGUGCCAUCUAUGCGGAGCCUCGCUGGGCAACUUGGAGGACCACCUCAAUAGAUGCCACAGCACGACUGACAAAGACAGCCGCGACUAUGCGUGCCACUUUUGUGACAACGUGUACAACAGCAAGAAGGCUUGCUUCACGCAUCUGCGGAUGAAGCAUGGACUAAAACUAUGCAACGACCAUAUACCGAAGUAUUCAUCUCAAGACCGCAAGAAAUGCCACCUUUGCAGCCGUGACUUUAGCCAGAAGCAAAUACUGAACAACCAUCUGUGGAAAGCGCAUGGGUUCGAGGUGGAAAAACGCAAGGCGUUCUUUUGUCCUCUCUGUUCUGAUCGUGUGAGCUAUGGCGCUAACUUCAGUGCGCACUUGCUGCAGCGUCACCACGUCACUGAGGAAGUGCAGCAACUCGAGUUCGACACUAUGGACGACUUUAUGCUGUACAAAAGCGAAAUCCAAGAGGAGACAAAGUUCAGGUUCCGCAAAACCACCGCCAGCAAGCAGACCAUUGAGGGCAUACGCUCGCACUACAUGUGCAGCCAGUCUGGCAUUUAUGUGUACCAGGGCAAAGGCAAGCGGUUGGCGCCCGAGCGUCAGAUCUACAAGACGGGCAAGGCGUGCCCGGCGCACAUGAUCGUGACGGAGACGCUGGACAAGGUGCACGUCACCUUCUACAUGACGCACGUUGGACACGGCACGUGCCCAUAUUACGAACCGCGCGUGCCGAAACGUAAGACACCGGCGCCAUCCACGUCAGUGAGUGAAGUGGGGGAAAGUGUGAGCGAGCAGCAGCUAGUGUGCGACACGUGCGGACUGACGCUGCCCGCGGACCGGCUGCAGGCGCACGUCGCCGCGCACGGCCGGGAGUUGAUCAAAUGCGAAUAUUGCUCUCAGAUGUUCCAAAACGUGGAUGAGUGGACUCAUCACCUACGCGUAAAUCACGAAGUUGGAACUCUGUAUAAUUAAUAGUGUUUCAAAAUCGUCUAAAAGCAUGUAUUUCCAUAUAUCUAUUAAUUUUUAACCGACUUCACUAUAUAAAAUUUUAUAGUGAAGUCCAUAAAGAAAAAGAUUGUUAAUACAUGUCUAUCAAUAAAAAAAAUAGUAAGGUAUAUUUAAUGUAAAUAAAAGACUGAUAUUUUUAUAGCAGGAUAAAAUGAAUUUUGUUAAGUAAAUUUGAAGUUGAAAAAAUAUAGAUAUGUAACUUUUGGCUACUGAAAUUAGAUCCUGUUAACUCCUAGCAAAAAAAAAUCUACUAAUGUUUGUUAAAAAGAGGGGAAAAUUUAUAACCAAGGAUUUUACUUAAAAUACUAGCGGACGCCCGCGACUUCGUCUGCACUUAAACCUCUUUAAUCCAGCCCUUACAGUAGUAUCGCUGUAAAAAUGGAGUAACUUCUCCCGUUUUCCCAACAUUUCCCUUUACUGCUCUGCUCCUAUUGAUCGUAGCAUGAUGAAAAGUAUACUAUAACCUGUUCAGGAGUAUGAACAAUAACUGUACCAAGUUUCGUUAAAAUCCGUCGAGUAGUUUUUGUUUGUAAUAUCGAACAUAUAGACAGACAUGAAAAUUUUACUGAUUGCAUUUUUGGGAUCAGUAUCGAUCGUUAUAAUAUAUAUUUCAUGUACAGAAUGAACCUCUCUACAGAUUUAUUAUAAGUAUAGAAUGCUACCUAUAUUAUAGAAAAAUGCAAGUAUCAAACUGAGUUGUUCCAAUAUUUGCACUAUAAUUUUGGUAAUGCCUUCCGAAUUUAAUUUAAAACCGGGUGAGGUGAUUUCAGUCUCUAUUUUCACUAGCCAACCUAUACGUACAACGAA